AUGUCUGCAGCCAGCUGUCUUCUAUCUGAAAAUCAGUUUCUGUGCUCCAUCUGUCAGGAUGUCUUCACUGAUCCAGUCUCCACACCAUGUGGACACAACUUCUGCAAAAACUGCAUCAGUCAACACUGGGAUAUCAGUGAGAGGUUUGAGUGCCCCAUGUGUAAAAAGGUGCUUGAGACCAGACCUGAGCUGCACAUCAACACUUUCAUCUCUGACAUGGUUUCUCAGUUCAGACGUGAAGCUCAGCAGAAAGUCAGCAGCAGCAGCUCAGAGCAACAAGCUGCCAAACCAGGAGAAGUUCCCUGUGACAUCUGCACUGGAACCAAACUGAAGGCUCUGAAGUCCUGCCUGGUGUGUCUAGCCUCCUACUGUCAGACUCACCUGGAGCCUCACCUGACAACGAAACGGCUGAAAAGACAUCAACUGAUCAAUCCAGAGGAGAACCUGGAAAGAAGGAUGUGUAUGAAACAUGAUAAACCUCUGGAGCUGUUCUGUAAGACCGAUCAGACAUGUGUCUGCAUGCUCUGCUCUGUUAUAGACCACAAGACUCAUGAGUUUGUUCCUCUGAGAGAAGAAUAUGAAGGAAAGAAGGCAGAGCUGGGGGAGACUGAGGCUGAAACUCAACAGAUGAUCACGAAGAGACGAAUGAAGAUUCAGGAGAUCGAAGAGUCAGUGAAGAUGAGUAAAGAUGCUGCAAACAGAGAGAAAGCAGAAGGUGUUCAGGUCUUCACUGCUCUGAAGGAGUCUGUUGACAGACACCUGAACGAGCUCAUAAAGGAGAUUGAAGAGAAACAGGAAACAACAAAGAAACAGGCUGAAGGUUUCAUCAAAGAUCUGGAACAGGAAAUCUCUGAGCUGAUGAAGAGAAGCUCUGAGGUGGAGCAGCUCUCACGCUCUAAAGAUCACCUCCACCUCCUCCAAAGCUUCUCAUCCGUGAAAGCUGCUCCAGCCACCAAGGACUGGAGAGAGGUCAGUAUCCAUCCACCAUCAUAUGAGGGGACUGUGGUGAGAGCUGUGGAUCAGCUGAAGGCAACACUUGAUGAAGAGACUGAAGAAUUGUUUGAGGCUGAGCUGAAGAGGGUCCAGCAGUAUGCAGUGGAUGUGACUCUUGAUCCUGAUACAGCACAUCCUUAUCUCAUCCUGUCUGAUAAUGGAAAACAAGUACACGUUGAUCAAGAGGAGAAUGAUCUUCCAGACAACCCAAAGAGAUUUUCUGAAUUUCCCAUUGUUUUAGGAAAGCAGAGUUUCUCAUCAGGCAGAUUUUACUUUGAGGUUCAGGUUAAAUCGAAAACCUUAUGGAUGUUAGGAGUGGUCAGAGAGUCAGUCAACAGGAACGAAGAAUUCACAGUUGAGUGGACUCCCAAGAAAGGUUACUGGUGUGUUUUUAAGGGAGAUGAAAAUCUUUGUGUAGCUCUUAAGGACCCUCCAGUCCGUGUUUCGCUUCAGUCUUAUCCUGAGAAGCUGGGGGUGUUUGUGGAUUAUGAAGAGGGUCUGGUCUCAUUUCAUGAUGUAGAGGAUGCAACACGUAUCUACUCCUUUACUGGCUGUUCCUUCACUGAGAAACUCUACCCAUUGUUCUUUCCCGGUGUUAAUGAUGAUGGUAAAAUCUGUCCACCUCUGAUCAUCUGUCCUGUGAUGGGUGAUGGUGACAACUGA